AUGAAUGGCAAUAAAAAGAUUUAGAAUGUUCGUAACAAUUCUAAUUUAUUUUUAAUUGGCAUGCAAUAAAUAUUUUCACAAUUAAUAAAUGAAUUAUUACAAUAUUCUGGGUAUUUCAAAUAAGUCGACACAAGAACAAAUAAAACAAGCAUAUCGUAAUUUAGCAAAGCAACAUCAUCCUGUAAAUUAUCACUAUAUGUACAGGAUAAAAAUCCUGAUUCAGCUUAAUUCAGAAUAAUCUCUGAAGCUUAUCGAAUACUUUCUAAUCCUGAUCUUCGUUUUCAAUAUGAUUAGAUUUAAACUUAAAUGGAAAGACAAUUCAGCUUGUAUAAUAUGAUACGGAAUUUUAUAAAUGGAAAAUAAGAGAGAAUAGAGCUUCAUAAUGAUACUAAUACAAAGGACACAGAAUUUAUUGGAGAUGAAUCUAAGAAUAGAGAGGUUACUUAAAUACAAAAGAAAAAAAUUAGAAAAAAUUAUCAUUGA